GGGUUAGUUACACCUUUUUCAUCAGGAGCAUAUAACGGUUUGUGUCUAUAUUAGCGCGCGCUGAUGGAGAAGGUUAACUUGUGAGUAGUUGAACGUUGUUGUAGACACCAAGAUGAAAUGUUUUAAGACGGACUUAAUGGACACAAACAAAGGAGAUUUAUGAAGUUAAAAGUGUCGCUUGUGGAUUAUAUAAAAUAGAUGUUAGAAUGUAGGUCAGGAUUCACACGGUUAUGUGUAGAAGCUCUGUUAAAUGAAGUGGACAUGGAUCAUACCGGUUCUGGAAUACGUGUAAUUUACCACUUAUUCCUUAUAUGGCUCUCAAUUUGCCCUCUUUGCUCUCAGGGAAGUUGGAUGUGGUUGGGCAUCACAUCUGUAGGAGUGCCCGAGAAGUUGGAGUGCGCUCAUUUGCCCCUAUCCCUCAAGCAAAAGGAGCUGUGCGCGCGCAAACCUCACCUUCUGCCGAGCGUUAAAGAGGGCGCGCGCCUGGGCAUCACUGAGUGCCAAACGCAGUUCAAGCACGAGCGCUGGAACUGCUCGACCCGACGGGACCCGUCCGUGUUUGGCUACGAGCUCACCAGUGGGACGAAGGAGACAGCAUUUAUCUACGCAGUAAUGGCCGCUGGACUUGUUCACGCAGUCACUCGCUCUUGCAGUGCGGGAAAUAUGACGGAGUGUUCAUGUGAUACCAGCCUGUCGGGCAGCGGUUCACUCAGAGAUGGCUGGCACUGGGGCGGCUGCUCUGAUGACAUAGCCUAUGGGACGUGGUUCAGUCGUCGCUUCAUUGAUAAUUCUGUGAAGAACAUAUCAGCCCGUAGGGAGGACGCACUGCUCACUAUGAACCAGCAUAACAGUGAGGCUGGGAGACAGGCAGUGGCCAAGACAAUGUUGACUGAAUGCCGUUGCCAUGGCAUAUCAGGUUCGUGUGCGGUAAAGACGUGUUGGCGCACAAUGGUUGCGUUUGAGCUUGUGGGUGCCUACCUGAAGGAGCGCUACGAGACCAGCGCUCAGGUGGUAGACUGUACCAAACAUAAGGUGCGACGUAAGGACAAAGACCAGCGCAACAUGCCUAUAACCAAAGAGGAGCUAAUCUUUCUUAACAAAUCGCCCAAUUACUGUUUGGAGGACCGUCGUUUGGGUGUGACGGGGACCCGGGGUCGCAGGUGUAACAGAACUUCAGUCGGGUCGGACGGCUGUAACCUGCUCUGCUGUGGGCGGGGCUACAACACACAUGUGGUUCGACACAUAGAACGCUGCGAGUGUAAGUUUGUGUGGUGCUGUUAUGUUCGUUGUCAACGCUGUGAGACAAUGAAUGACAUACACACCUGCAAGUAAAGUAACUAUGAGUGGAAAGCAAUGAUGAGCUCUCAUGAGACAUAAGAGAAAAGACCUUGAGAGAGAAAGUACAGCUGGGGUGGAUCAUCUUUACACUGUCAAGCAAGCCCCUUAGGACCUAGAAAAACAAGCAUGUUAACAAAAUAUCCAUGGCAACUGAUGAUCCACAGCGGAAACCAUUGACAAAUGGCAUAAUGCCUCAAACUCCACAUGUGUAACUCUUCCCAUGGGCUUCAAAUGGGAAUCAAGCCAUAUAUAUCUAGCCACAUAGCCAGCAUAUACUGUAAUAAUGACUAUGGAAUAUAACUGGAGCCUAAAGGGAACUGAAAUACUGCUUCAAAAGGAACUGCAAAGUGUAAAUAUUAGGCCUAAAUGUUUUGUCUGUACUGAGAAUUAAGGAAGCAUCCCUUUUUGACAAUCAACUGCUUAGUCUCUAAGGCAUUUAAUGGCAUUGGUUGUAACACCUUGGCUCCUUCAGUUGAGUAACAUAUUAAAGUGAUUGUUAUGAAGCAAUGUAGAUAAUAUGCCAAGAUAUUUUUUAUAUAAUGUUUUAUAUUGUGGGUCCCAAAUGAGAAUCCCUUGAAUAAAUCCCACAAACAAUUCCAACACAAGUUGCAUUCCCAAAGAUGCAGUUAAAAGAAUCCCAGAUUCAAUACAAGUUACGCUUAAUUGACAGCAUGUGUACCAUAAUUUUGAUUACCACAAAAAUGUAAUUAGAACUGUCCCUCCUUUUCUUUCAAAAAAGCAAAAUCUGGGUUACAGUGAGGCACUUACAAUAAAAGUGAAUGGGGCAAAUGGGUGCAGGUGUUAUGAGUGUGCGAUAGCUUGAUGCGACUAGCCCACCGAAAUGUCCAACUUUGGCACACAAUUCUUUGAACAUUGCGCUUGUCAUUCGGAGGUGUUUAACCCACAGCUGGUCAAUAAAGUGGGUCCUCACAAUCCGCCAGAACAGUUUUGAGAGCGGGCGCUCCUAGGUAUGUGGAGACUGGCGGUGUGUGGGCAUCGUAGCUAUUUAUAUCAGAUAUUAGACUUAUUCUAUGGUGUCUCGUAGAUGCAUUUAAUAAAAUUUGUUACUUGUUCCAAUCUUGUAAAUAAAACUCCCCAAUGUAGGGAGAGGCCAUUCAGCUGCUUCAUCAUGAUGCGGUGGCUCCCUCAUGAUAAUGCGCAGUACGUAGUGGAUGGAAACACGCAACAAUUCGUAUUUUCUUAAGGCAAAUUUUUGGAAAUGUGCUUAAAAAAUGCUAAACCUUUCUGAUGGAAACCCAGCAACUAUAACCUCAAAUUAUUUAUUUUUUAAAUGUAAAGGUGGGACGAGUAUAAAUCAUUUUUUGUGGCUAUCAACAUCAUGCCACAAAUGCUGUUGAUUGAGCUUAACUUGUACUGAACUCAGAAAAAAAAAACCUUUAAAAGGAUAUUUUAUAUUAUUGUAGCUUUGUAGUUUUGCCAUAAAUGUACAUAUUAAAUCCUGAACAAUGGGAAUUGGCUUUAGACUAAUAUUACACAUAUUUUGGCUGAAAUAAAACUUUAAUAAAAGUAAAUAGAGAUUUUCAAGCUUUUUCAUUUGUUCAUGACUGAUGAUGUUUUACAUAUUUAAAAAAUUAUAGCAUUUUCACAGUGUAUGGAUAUAUUCAGCAGUUCAGGUUUGUCACUUCACAAUUUAAAUUGAAAUGACAAAUUAUGGCAUAGUAAUUGCGACUGAUGUUUAAUAUAUUUUUCCUUUUCUCUAAAGCUCAAGCCUCCCCCCCUAUCGGAAAGAGUAGUGCUUUGCUAGAAUUAACAGAUUUGUGCCAAAUGCCAUGGCUGCAUUCUCUUAAACA